AAUAUCAGGUUUUGCUGUUGCAAAAAAUCUGGCUACAAAAACAAAACAAAAAUGUCUCGAAAAAAGAAUAGAGUUCCUUGAUAUGGAACGUCAAAAUAAGAGAACACCCCCUUGUCCAGGGCCCAAUCAUAAGACACCAUCACCAAAAUUACAGGCUACAAAAGAUCCAUCAUAUAUCGACCUAUUGACUAUAGUGACCUAUCGAGACUUUCAGGCAGCCCACGAUGCUGCCUACAUUUACAUCAGUGAUGGUUUACAGUUUGAUAAGGACAAUCAGUUUACUGCAGCCAUUGAAAACUACAACAAUGGACUAGUAUUGAUGGAUGCCUGCUUAGAGUUUGAUGUCUCACAGCUGUUGGGGUGCCCACAGCACCUGAUAGAUAACGCCAGGGCCAAUCAAAUUAAAAUGAGAAAGUCAAAAGAGGAAGUAAUCCUGAGGCUCAAAAUAUUGCAGAAAAAAUUAAAACUAAAAAAACCAUUGAUGGCCACUGCCCCGCCAACAUACGAAGAGGCUGUAAGUCAAACGGAGCACCCGCCACCUUAUAGCGAGGAUGAACUGACACGGCUGGGGGAGAUCCUGAUGAAAGGGGAGCUUGGUCAGCACCGGCUCGCCAAUGCAGAGGAGAUAUUCUACAUUUCAGAUGGUGUCCAGCUGUACUUUAUAUCAUCCGAGGGACUCAUUAGUGCACCGACCUAUCCUACAUCACUUCAGGUGUUAAGACUCAUGAGAGAAAGAGGGUCUAAAUUCAACCCUAUUUUUAUCACAGUCGGUGAUUGGAUUUACCCACUGUUACCUGGUCAGUCCCCUGCUCUUGCCAGUUCAUAUGGUGCCUAUUUAUUUCCAGACACAACGUCACCAGGGGCAGCUAUUGCGUUGAUGUUACCACCCAAUUUAGCCCAAGAGGACAAAGACGCAUUUCGUGCCCUUAUUGAUAAACUCACUGUACUGGAAGAUGAGCCAUUAUUAUUCAAUGUGUCUUCGACUGAACUGUAUGAAGAUGACGAAUCAACUGAAAGUUCUUCUCAGUUAGAAAACUUAACAACAAUAUCAAAGGGAAUACUCACUACUGCAAACUGGAUUUCCUGGGGAGUGAUCGAGGGCGCUAAGAAAGGAAGAUGUUUAAUUCAAAGGGGAUCAGAUUUGGUUCGAAGGAAAACCAAGAAAUGCACUAUUGACCACCCCGUGGACCCCAGGUUCCAAAAAGGCGUCAUCUAUGCCAGGCAGGCAACUGGAGGUGCUGUGAAAGUUACUGAGUAUGUAGUCAAUAAGCUCGGAGAAGCCACAGUGUGUCUUGCCAAAGAGGUAGCACCGGUUGUUAGAGAGAAAACAUUGAACGUUUUACCCGACGCCUUGUCAGACUCUAAGAUAGGAAGUCCUUCUGCGAUUGAUACUGUGGUGGAAGUUGCUUACACGGGGUUAAAAGGCUUUGCAAAAGUGUAUGAUAGUCUAGAGAAAGCAGCGAAGUGUCUUGGGGGCACUUUAGUUGAUGAAAGUGUGAAGGUCGUAGAGCACAGCUAUGGAACAGAAGCUGCCAAGCUGACAGAGAACACCAUGUGUGCAGCUGGCAAUGUCCUCAUGGCCACUCACAAUGUCAAGAAGCUCAGCCUCAAAUCCAUAGCCAAGAAAACAGCCAAGGAGACCAGCAAUGCUGUCUAUGAUGAGAUGUUGAAAGCCAAAGGAACAUCUGUGUAGCAUCACUAGGAUCAAGAUUUUUUAAAAAGUUAGCCACAGCUAUCAUAUGAUUGUUUUUUUAUCAGAAUGACUUUCAUCUAAUCAAAUAGACAUCUUACCUACAUUGUUGCAGUCACUAUUUAUUAAUUGUUGCUAUUUCUUGACUGAUUUAUAAAUACUCAAUAUUUUUUCCAAUCCAAUUUUUUGUUUUCUCCAAAGUUUUUUGUUACUCAGGUCUCAUGAUUUAACUCAGAAUGACUUUCAUCUAAUCAAAUAGACAUCUUACCUAAAUGGUUCCAGUCACUAUUUAUUAAUUGUUGCUAUUCAUGACUGAUUUAUAAAUACUCAAUAUUUUUUCCUAUCCAAUUUUCUGUUUUCUCCAAAGUUUUUUGUUACUCGGGUCUCCUGAUUUAACUCUUUCUCUCCUAGCUGACGAUACCAACGUUGAUUCCACCAGAAUGUGGUAAAUAAUUACGGAGAGAAAGAGUUAAUGACCUGAUUCAAAACUGUCUCAAUUUAUAGAUACUUUAAAGCACUGUAACUGUGAACUACUUACAAUAAUUAUUUUUUUUUUUAGUUGUUAUUGUAAGAUACAUUUUAAACCGUUACUGUGGUGAGGCUCUGUAUACUCCCCCCCCCCCUCCCUUUCCUUUCCACAAGCUAGCUGAUUAUGGGCAUAUCAACUAUUGAUCUCCAAGAUUUUCCAAUAUGAAAACUUUUUUUUUUCCUGAAAAAAUCAUUUUAGCCUAAGUGAAUCUUAAAAAUGCUUUGCACUAUUGACCAAGGAAAGUGCCUGUAAUUAACACUUUAUAAUAUACUGAGCUCAAAAUAAAUUCUGCUGUGAAUAAAAGGAAACUCUUGAGUAAUGGCACCUCCGUAAUAGCUAAUGCAUUUGUUUCAAAUAUUUGCAAUCCCCCUGUAUUUUUACAAAGCUUAUAUCUACUCACUCUGUCUGUAAUCUUUUACACCUAAUUUCUCCCACUUCCCAUUCUCGUAUCGAGUUGAAACUUUUGCACAAUUAUUAAUUAUUGAUGACAAUGUAUGAAUGAGUCGAAAUAAAAGGACCAAUUAUUGUAUCAAUUAGUCAUAAUUUUUUUUUAUAUAUAUAUAGAGAGAGAGAGACAGUAAUAAACUAUGGGGAGUUUAGCCUUGUAUAGAAAAUUAGGUCGUCAGCCAAAAGUUAGAAGCUAACAAUAGAUAAUUAUAAAACUUUCUGUUUUCAUAAGCACUUAUCUAGUUCAGUGGCUAGCAUGUCUGCCUUCAGUCAUGGAGGCUUGAGCCCAUUUUAUUGUAGUAAUCAGUUGAGCCCUGACUGAAUAAUCAUUUUAUUAUGAUUUAUGUUUAUUUCACACGUAAUUUGUUUUUUUCUAGUUUAUUUUAAAAUUAAGCCUAUCUUGUGUUUCUUUGGGGUUUGUUUGUUUGUUUUUUACACUAGAGUAAAUACAUAAUUUAGUUCUGAGUAUGAGACUAUCUUAGACCUAUGACUCCUUAUCCUUUAACAAAUAUCCCCAUUUUUUUUUUUUUUAUGUAAAUUGACCUCAAGACAUUUUAUAAAGGAAUUGGCACAGAUGACCUUGGUGACUUUUUUAGUUGUUAGAACUCAUGUCUUAGAACAUUUUUUUAUUUUUGUUUGGAAAAUUUAGUUUUAAUUUCUGCUUUCAGACUACUUUCUAUUCUAAAUUAUUUUGUUUAGCUCUGAUAUUUAGUAUGUUUAAUUUUACAGUUAUGUCCAUAGUUUUGAAUUGUUAAAUCUGACAAGAUUUUUGGUUCACAAUGUGUAGACUAUAGAGGAAGUGCAUUGAUGUCAAACAAUAAGGUCCAAUUUAUAUGGUCACAACAUCGAAUCAUAAGAAAAAAGUAAAGUUCCCAUUUCAGACUUUUUGAUCUACAGAGCAGAUGAUGUAAAGGUCAUCUGUUUCUGUGGCACAACAUCCAACCACCUUUACUUUUCCCCCAACUAAUGUCAGGUACCCAUUAGAGCUGGGUGGACCCAGAGGCUCCCUAAAGAUCCAGAGAUUAAAAAUCCCAGUCUUCGUCAGGAUUCGAACCCGGGACCCCUCAGUCCAGAAGUCAAGCAUUUUACCACUCAGCCACCAUGCCUCCAAAUCAUAAGGUCUAGAUAUCUAGAUGAGACAGGGGAUUAAAAAGUAUUGGUACCGUAUGUACUCUAAGUUGGCUCUUAGUCCACUGCGCUACCUCAUCUAAUAUUUGUUGGCCAAAGAAAUGCCAAAUUGUGCUUCUACAUUAAGAUGGCUAUUUAUAUGAGUCACAUAAACUAAGCUUUCCAUUGUUCAUGUUUUAUGACCUGCUACAUCUGGACAUUUUUAUUUGUUUAUUUAUCUAAUAUUUGUUGGCCAAAGAAAUGCCAAAUUGUGCUUCUACAUUAAGAUGGCUAUUUAUAUGAGUCACAUAAACUAAGCUUUCCAUUGUUCAUGUUUUAUGACCUGCUACAUCUGGACAUUUUAAUUUAUUUAUUUAUCUAAUAUUUGUUGGCCAAAGAAAUGCCACAUUGUGCUUCUACAUUGAUUGCUAUUUAUAUGAGUCACAUAAACUAAGCUUUCCAUUGUUCAUGUUUUAUGACCUGCUACAUCUGGACAUUUUAAUUUAUUUAUUUAUCUAAUAUUUGUUGGCCAAAGAAAUGCCACAUUGUGCUUCUACAUUGAUUGCUAUUUAUAUGAGUCACAUAAACUAAGCUUUCCAUUGUUCAUGUUUUAUGACCUGCUACAUCUGGACAUAUUUAUUUAUUUAUUUUUAUUUUACAUUUCUACUGCUGAUAAAAAAAAAAAAAACAUUGAACUCCUGACCUCUUGAAAUCUAGUCUUCAGUUUCUUUGUAUCAUCAAGCUGUAAUAGAGCUGUUGCUUAUGCUGACAGUGUUGAUACUUGGGUGAAAGGUGCAUUAUUUAUACAAAUCUUUGUAUUUAUACAAUUAAAAUGUCUGUCAUGAAAUUGUCAUUCAUGACCUCCUAAAAUAAACUGUGAUCAUUCA